ACAACGAGCUGCUGUUCGCCUACAGCUCGGAAUGUUCACCUGCCGAGAAAUUCUUAUGGAUGGUGUAAUGAGGUUGAGGAAGACUUAGAUGGACACGCAGAUGAGCAGAUGGCCGCGUACAGCUCUGAAUGUUCGCGUGAGGUGGAACUUCUUGAGGAUGGGUAAUAGAGUUUGAGGCAGGCAUGGCUGGACAAGCAGAUAAUGAGCCCAUCUGACAACUCGCGCGCCGAGGAAUUUUUAAGAACGGUGUAAUAGAGGUUGAGGAAGGCUUAGAUGGACACGCAGACGAUGAGUAGCUGUCCGCCUACAGCUCCGAGUGCUCGCGCGCGGGGAACUUCUUGAGGAUGGCGUAGUAGAGGUUGAGGAAGGCGUAGCUGGACACGCAGAUGAUGAGCAGCAGCACGACGGCGAAGACGACGCUGAGGAACUUGCCGUCGAUGAUGGAGUCGCCGUUGGAGUUGCUGCGCUGCUGGUGCUGCUGCGCCCGCUGCGCGCGCUGCUUCUCCAGGUCGUCGCCCACCAGCCGCUUCAUGGCCGCCAGCCGCUCGCGCAGCUGCUCCACCGUCUCCUCGAAGUCGCGCGGCACCCCGCCCACUCCAGCUGGAUCAUCCAUUGUGAUUGUUUCCGAAAUUAUCGAUGUUUUAGAAGUACUGUCUGUGAUAACUAAAUUGGCACAUUGCAUGAGAAGUUAUCACGUAAACUUGCGUGGAUACGCGAUGUCCUCCAUUCUCUCGUUGCGAUGAGACCAUCUAUUGAUCGGGCUCAGCAUCCACUCAGUACCCGCUGAGCGGUUAAGGGCGGGGGCGAGUUACGCAAAGAGAAUAAUUACAAUAAAAACCGAAGGGUGGAAAACUAAAAUAAAAAUACAUAUUUCUUAACCACCCAAGGUUAAGGUAAAUAAAGAUACAAUUGCAAAUAUUAAUUCUGAAUAAUUAACAAAUGCUAAUUGUCAUUCCUUAUGUACGAGAAUUAGAAUAUAGUAUGAAUAUGACUCUUAAGUAAAAUGAAAUUUUGGAAAUUGGUUGGAGUAAGUUCUCUACUCUCAUUGUGUUGGGUUAUGCGGAAAGUAGGGCACUAGAAACUACUUUCUACGGUGCACUCACAGCCCUUGAAAAGUGAUGAAAUAUGAAAAAUAAUUGAGUGUUAAACAUGAAAUAUUCGGCGCACUGGUUCUGGUUUGCUACAAUAGCCAUAAAUUGAUCGUAGAUGUUUUUUACGCCGUUUUAGGACUGCUGUACUUGACGGCCUUCGUGACAGCUACACACGUGGUGCGCGAGAGUCAGUUCAAAUAUUUUCAUACGUCCUCCAUGAACAUAUUUUAAUGCGUGGAACGCUAUGAGAAAACUGCAUGUUAAUUCAUCACAUUGUGAUUGUUCACUCUCAAAGGUCACGUUUUUCUAUGCCUUGAUCACAUCGUAACUACGAUGUAAAUAUUAUAGUGACGUAGCUCGAAAAUAAGUAUUGUGUAUGAUUAGCGUAGUGGCCACGGCAAUGUUGGACCACUAUAGCAGCACUAUAGUUUGUCAUAAUUUCGUACAACAUAUGUGGUCUUUUCAUUAAGCGUUUGUAUAUUUUAUAUUUGAUCGUGGUAUUUGAAAAUACGUCAAGAUGGUGUUAGCAGAUCUUGGACGUAAAAUUACGUCCGCUCUGCGGUCUAUGAGCAAUGCUACAAUAAUCAAUGAAGAGGUCUUAAAUUCUAUGCUAAAGGAAAUAUGUGCUGCUCUUUUGGAAGCUGAUGUAAAUAUUAGGCUUGUUAAAAAGUUAAGAGAAAAUGUGCGAGCUGUCAUUGACUUUGAUGAGAUGGCUGGUGGGCUCAACAAGCGUAGGAUGAUCCAGAGUGCUGUUUUCAAGGAAUUGGUUAAGCUUGUUGAUCCUGGUGUCAAAGCCUACCAACCUGUUAAAGGCAAACCAAAUAUAAUCAUGUUUGUAGGUUUGCAAGGUUCUGGAAAAACUACUACAUGUACAAAGUUGGCAUAUCACUACCUCAAAAAGAACUGGAAAGCUUGUCUUGUGUGUGCUGAUACUUUCCGAGCUGGUGCAUAUGAUCAGUUAAAGCAGAAUGCAACGAAGGCCAGAAUACCCUUUUAUGGAAGUUAUACUGAAGUUGAUCCAGUUGUUAUUGCACAAGAUGGUGUUGAAAUGUUCAAGAAAGAAGGUUUUGAAAUAAUAAUUGUUGAUACCAGUGGUCGCCAUAAGCAAGAAGAAAGUCUCUUUGAAGAAAUGUUACAAGUUUCUAAUGCUGUUAGACCAGACAAUAUUAUUUUCGUGAUGGAUGCUACUAUUGGUCAAGCUUGUGAAGCUCAAGCUAGAGCUUUCAAAGAAAAAGUAGAUGUAGGUUCAGUGAUAGUGACAAAAUUGGAUGGACAUGCAAAGGGUGGUGGUGCCCUCAGUGCGGUGGCUGCAACAGAAAGUCCUAUUAUUUUCAUUGGUACUGGAGAACACAUUGAUGAUUUUGAACCAUUCAAAACUAAACCAUUUGUUAGCAAACUUUUGGGUAUGGGAGAUAUAGAAGGCCUUAUAGAUAAAGUUAAUGAGUUAAAAUUGGAUGAGAAUGAAGAGCUCAUUGAAAAAAUUAAGCAUGGACAGUUUACUCUUAGAGAUAUGUAUGAACAGUUCCAGAACAUUAUGAAAAUGGGACCAUUUUCUCAGAUUAUGGGUAUGAUUCCUGGCUUCAGCCAGGAUGUUCUCUCGAAAGGCAGUGAACAAGAAUCAAUGGCUAGACUUAAACGACUCAUGACAAUUAUGGAUAGCAUGAAUGAUGGAGAACUUGAUAAUCGUGAUGGUGCAAAGCUUUUUACAAAGCAGGGUGGUAGGGUUACUCGGGUGGCCCAAGGUGCUGGGGUCACCGAGAAAGAAGUUAAAGAUCUUAUUUCUCAGUACACAAAGUUUGCUGCUGUUGUGAAGAAGAUGGGUGGCAUUAAGGGCCUAUUUAAAGGUGGAGAUAUGACAAAGAAUGUUAAUCCUGCUCAAAUGUCGAAACUGAACCAACAAAUGGCAAAAAUGAUGGAUCCCCGGGUACUACAACAUAUGGGUGGUAUGAAUGGUCUACAAAAUAUGAUGAGGCAACUGCAGCAAGGUGCAACGGGUGGCCUAGGGAACCUAUUUGGUGGAGGAAAGUGAUAAAAGCUGCUCAGUGUGUGACAUGAAGAGACAACGUGUAUCAUCAGCAUUGCAUGUGCUGGUGUGGGGCCUGUAAUCCUCUUGACUAGUCAUAAAUGUUUCCCUUGAAUUAUAUGUAGUGUUCUGGGCAUAAAUUGUGUUGAUUUCCGCUUUUCAGCAUGUCAUUUGUAAUGUGUAUAUAAGAAAGUGGUGCAUAAAUGACCUUUUUAGACUUGCUGAAAAGAUACAGACUAAUGCAUUGAAGAUGUGUAUUUUACAGAAGAUGUGUGUCACUUAUUUAGUUAGAGAUACUCAAGUUGAGUCCAAUGAAUUGUGUUUCACAUUCAUGCUCCAGAUUGUUAAUGAAACUAGAAGAGGAAUACAGUCCCUACACUUGUCUCAGAUUUUGACUACUAAGUGGUUGUGUGUUUAGGAUAUAUGUACGGUUGAACAUGUAUUUACAAGAAAGAAGUAUUGAAAUGGGAUGAACAAAUUUGAAGAUCAUAGAUUUUUAAAAAUGACUUAUUUACAUUUUGUAAAUAUUUUCAACUGACACAUAAUUCAGAAAACAGUUGAAUGGAAUGAACUGUUCAAUUGUUGACGUCACUGAACUCUCCUUUCCUGGAAAAGAUUUUUGUUUUCCUUCAUACUUUUCUAUUUUCUUCCACUUCCUGUCAUGUGUGAAGGAUUAUGAAGUUUUAUAAAUACAAAAUCUACAACAAUAGUGUUUUGUGUUUGAAACAUCCUUUUGUCUCCUGACACUGGUUGAAAUCCGAGCAGGCCUAAAGAACAUUUCCCAGCCAUAUGAAAAUUCUGGAAUUUUAACUCUUUUAAUAGUAUCCAAAUAAAAUGACAGAAUUCUAUUAUUGAAUAAUUGAAAUGAAAAUAUAAAUUUCAGAACACAAUAGAAAUCAGCAAUCCUUAUAUUGUCAAGUGAUAAACUAAAUUUAAAGACAAUAACGCUCUGAAAUAAAUCGAUGUUCACAAAAAUAGCGGUGAGAAAAGAGCACAUAAACUUGAGAACUUCAAGCCAUGACUGCUUCCGAUGCUAGGAGGUAUCCUAUGUCAUGAAUGGUUAUCAACCCAUUGCACAGCCUUAAGGAUAUAAAUGAGAAGAGAGAAGGAAGGGUCGCAAGCUGUCCAUGGCCUAUUUUAUAGAGUGCUGUUCCAUCGUUCCCUGGAAUUGAUCAGGAAGUCGCAGAAAACCACGUAUCAGUGCAGUUGGUCUUUAACUUUGGUUGCAGUAGGCACCAUAAACUGAAGUCAGGUAAAUCACUGAUGCCUAGCAGGGAUCGAACCGGUAAACCCUAAAUCACCACUACAAUCGAGCUGUGAGGCAUUGCUUUAAUGCUCAUCUCUAUCAGCGUUAAUAGUUCACAGAGUAAAGGAUAAUACAUUUUGGCAGCACAUGGUCAUUUUUGAUGUGGUCUCCCCAUUUGGUUAUAUCACCUGCCAUCUGCUCUCUUCUGUGGACCAAUAGCAGUCUUACAACCUUUGCAUAGUUAUAGUUCAGUCUAUGUUCAGGGAGGGGAAUAUAGUGGCGACUGCCCUUGCAGUUCGGUAAUUGCAGAGGAUAAGCACCUGUAUAAAUAGUCUCCUUUAUAAAUUGCCUAAUGCUGUUCCCUCAAGUGAAAGUUUUUGGCAUACACAAAUUUAGUGAUUAUGUAUAUAAAAUUUUUGCAAAAAAUUCAUGAAUAUUAAAAAUUUAAUAACAAAAAUAUUAAAUAUUUGUAAAAUAGGAUGCAUUGAUUUGCAGUAUCAAUCAAACAGACAAUAAUAAAGAUAAUUUUUAUUUUCAUAUAAUUUUCUGUGCACUAACAUGUGCAAGUAAAUUAUUAAUCAAGGUUUAAUAUUUAAUUAUAGUGGAAGUCUUUCCCUUAUUUCCAUACAUUACUCCAUUGCAUUGUCACAUACGUGAAUGUUUGACAAUUGCUAUUGGUGUGCAGAAAAUGGGAUAGGUUGGUUGAUAUGAGAAUGUGUAGUAGGGAGAUGUCAAUAAUCUUGAGUUGCCUAAAUUUAUUGCCUCUAGAAAAACAGUAAUUCUGAAGUGAUAAUUCAUAGAAAGGUGUUGACUGUGUACAAUAAUUUGAAGUGAAGGAAGUGUUCAACUCUGAUAAAGAAAUUUGUAUUAUUUGUGGCAUUCUUAGAUUGUCAAAUUGGUUUCUGACUUCAGGUUUUUAGCUAAAAUGCGGUGGUUGAAAAACGAGAAACCUAUUCUUGAAUACGAGGAUUCAACAUGGUAAAGCAUGAUCUCUUUAUGUUGUAAGGUAGAAAAAAUUGGAUCAAGGUAAUCUUUGGAUCCUGGUAAUCCUGCUAUUCUCUCAUGUCGACCAUCCUUUUCACCAAUAGCAAUCUUUCUUACUUGCAUCAUGCUCACUUGGAGAACCCGACACCAGAAGUCAAGUCCGUGGAAGAAAAGUAGAAAAUAAUGUACAUAUGAGAAAUAAACCCUCUAGUUAAAUUGUUGUUCCCUCUACAUACCAAGUUUAACCCUAAAUUCUUUCUACUCAAAUACAUUCACUAGGAUCCAAAAGGGAAGUCCUUAAAAAGUCAAACAUAAUUUUUUUUUUUAAACCAAGCUUUUGCAACUUUAAAUUAUAUUUUUUUAAACAAAUUCCUGAUUGGAUAUGUAAGGUCAUAGUUAUGAGUCUACUUACAAUGUCUCCUGAAUUGUUUCCAGAUGUCAGUUGGUUCUCAGUAUUCGUCUUUCACCAAUUUCCAGUUCCUCCAUUAUUUUUUUGUUUAAAACCAUUCAUUCUGAGACUUAAGAGAGCUUCCUUGUUAGUUACUGCACAAUAUCUUAAGUUUAGCUUUGAUGGAUAUUGAUUUUGAAUAUUGAUAUUUUUGGUGAAAUGAAAUAGUGUUGUCAUCUAGUGUUUAAUUGCUUCUUUUCCUGAUACAUUUUCUUGAAUUAUUUCUCCUAGGUAUUUGUUGCUGUUCUGUUAAUUUGACUGUAUAAUUUUAAUUUUUGGUGGGGCUGUUUUGAUUUUUGUCUUGUAUUUUGUUUACCCAAGUGAGAUUUAUAAAUAUUUUUAUGUUUGUUCUUUCAGAAGUUCUAUUUUUGAAGCCUGUUUCUGUUGUGUUGCUAAGCACAGCGAAGUUGUCUCAAAUCUAUUUUGAUAUAAUAUUAUUGAUAUUAAUUUCUUGUUAAUUUUAACUUGUGUACAAUACUACAAACUUAGUCAAAUUUUUAUGAAUGUUCAAUACCUAUUAUCGAAUUUUUAAAAUACUAAUGAUGAUAUUGAAUAUUUUGUUAGUAUUUAAUUCUGUAAUAGGAUUAUAAAUUUUUUAAGUAGAAAUAUUUAAUUUUUAGUUAUGUUAACAAUAAUAAAAUCAAAACUUA